UGAAGACUGCCCCUAUGGCUUUUUUGACACCGAGUACCUUUUGCCUACAGGCGUAGCCCAUGCUGCAUUCGUGUAUCACGUAGGUUGUAUGUUCCCUGAGUUUUCAGUCCCAAACUCUCGCAUGACCUCCACAGCAAUGGAGUGAAUAGUUCAAACUGGUUACUCAUGUACAUCUGGGGAAUAUCGUAAAAAAAUCUCUUUUCGAGCCCUGCACAUUAUGAUGAAGUGUUGCAUCCCGCGUCUUUCGGCGGGUGCUUAUCUACAAAAACAGCUUGUCGGCAUCUGCUGGAUAACGGUACAACAUAGUUUAUCGUAAGCGAUCUUGCCCAAUGGUAUGAUUUGUCUCUUCUUCCGUACAUGAGUACCCUAUCACAAUUCUCCACAGUGUGUGAGAUGAUCUGGUCACGCAGUUUGCUCAGUUAGUCCAAAGAGCCAAAGAUUCGAGGCUGAUUCGUUGCGUCAAGGUGGAACACGCGACGGGUACAUCUGCUCCCCUGACACGCAACACAUCCAUAUGGGCAAUUCAUUACAUAUUCCAAUCCUUUCGAGCCUUCACAAAAAACGGUGUAAGUAUCUGAGGGAAACAGCACACCGUUCGUGUGGAGGGAGGGAUAUGGGUUUGACCAGGAGCCUUCCGUCUGAGUUUAGUCAACUGGCGGACUAGCGGUCCGCCGUUUCCGUAGACGAAAAACGAGAGAAAUCGUGGAUGAAAGAAGUACUUUGCAACCAUUAUUUUAUGUUUACGAGGCGAUUACUGGAUACGUCUUUCCGCCUCUUUUGCAACCAUCGACAGUCCGAAUAACUCAGCCUCUACGUUUUCGGCUGCGGGGGAGACAUACAACGUUUUUGCGGGCCGCUAGACAGAGGCUGCAGAAGACAUGGCCAGUAGUGGCUAGCAUUUCAAGCGUCGUGUUCCUUCAGCGUGCUUCUCGCGUUUUUCGGCCAGAUAGCCCAAAAAAGGACAAUCAUUGAAGUGUGCACUUCAAAAUGCCGUUUAGAGUUGGAUCAUCCACUGCGUCACGAAUUCUCGAAUUUUUGCACCUUACCAGCUCUUUGAGGCAACCAACGAUGUUUCAGCCUCGAUCAACGAUGCCACACCCGCCCUUUGGGGGCCUUGUCCUGCAUAAACUCUUUUCCACCGUGUGUCUAGUGAAUGAGUUGUGUGGCCUACAAUUCUCCGGAAAUACCCGUCUUUGAACUUCCCGUUUUCGCUGCCUGCCGUGUGUCUUGUCGGAGCCACCCGGGUUCAAGACGUGUGAGCUAGCAGUGUUGGCAGUCGGGAACUUGAAGUCGCACAGUUCUAUUUAUCGCUCGCUUUUGGAGCACUAGAUGCUUGCAAGGCCACUGUCUGCUCCCGGGGAGCUAUGUUUUUUUCCACCGUGACUCCUUACGGUGUGUUCGGCACGGCCACUUGCCCUUUGCCAUUGCUACCCUAUAUCGACCUAAAGAAAAACGUUAUCUGUGAAUCAUGAAACCACCGCGAGAGACAAGCAGGGGUGGAAUGGAGGGAAAGGUGGGGUUUGGGGCCUCAAUUCGUGACCGUUGGUUUUUUCAGAACUUUUCUGAUGGUCUAUCCAACGGGGAAAAGUCCUGGUGGCGUCGAAGCGUCGUCCAUUUUCUUCAGAUGGCAGACCCUACGUGGUCCUGCAGAGAAACUCGGCGCGCUUUGGAGCCAGGAAUGCUGGAGAAAAUGAAGUCUACGUAUUGGCUCACCAGAAUCGUUUUUAUCAGAGCGCUGUCCUUCGUGUACUUCGUCGCCUUUCUAGUCGCGUUCAAUCAGGCGCAAGGGCUUAUUGGCUCCGAUGGCAUUCUGCCAGCACAGACCCACGCCGACUCCAUCAGGGAAGUCUUGGCGGAGGAAGACACCUGGACAAAAAUCAAGGCCUUCCCGUCUCUGUUUCUCUUCCUCCCGGCCAAUGACUUUUGGAUACACUGUCUCCCAUUUCUAGGUAUCCUCGUCUCUUUGGUGACAGGCGUACUCGGCGGGAGCAACGGGUUCGUGAUGCUGUUUCUCUGGAUACUUUACCAGAGCGUGAACAGCAUCGGCCAAGAGUGGUAUGCCUUCGGCUGGGAAAGCGAGCUCCUUGAGAUCGGCUUCCUCUCCAUUUGGCUAUGCCCAUUCUGGAGUUUCUCCCGCCUUCCUGCCUCAUGGCCCACGCCGAAAAUCUGCGUGUGGGGAAACCGCUGGCUGCUUUUUCGGCUCAUGCUGGGCGCGGGGCUGAUUAAACUCCGCAACGACAACCUAUGGACGGACCUAACGGCUCUUGACUACCACUACGAAACGAUGCCGAUCCCUAAUCCCUUUUCGUGGUACAUGCACAAUCAGUCCCAUACUGCUCACGCUUUUCAAGUGAUUGUGAACCACGUCGUUGAGUGCGUUUUCCCCUUCCUCCUCCUCAUUCCUUUUCGCCAGUGCCGCCUUGUCGGUGGCGUCACACAAAUCCUUUUUCAGGGAGCGAUUAUUUUCUCAGGAAAUUUCUCGUUCCUGAACCACCUCUCGAUACUGCCGGCUCUCAUGACCUUAGAUGACAACUUCGUCUCUUGUCUCUUCCCUUCCAAAACACUGGAGAGGCUUCAGCCUCUCCUUCAGGGAUGCUUAGGAGCUUGGUCGCUGCCUAAGCACCAGGCCUGGCCUGUCGAUUCAUGUUCAGAACACACGAAUGAACACCAAGGAGUGGGUUCUGUCAAGGACCCAGAGGCUGCUGCGCUCCUCAACGAUGGAGGGAGUCAGCUGGAGUGGUCUGUGGACACUGAUGAUGAUUCAAACCAAGCCUCCGCGCGCACCUGCUGCUGCUGGUAUUCUCCGAGGAUACUGCAAUUCUUCCGCUCGAUUCCACGGACCAUUUUCCCUUCCCGUGCAAGAAAUCGAAUGAAGCGAGAUAUGGAGGAAUCUUGGAAGAGCAUGUUGCUCGAACUAGUUGUGUCCAUCGGAGUACUUGUGUUGAUGGCCGUCGCGACGAGCUCUGAAUCUCCGUCUCUGUUGAGUGUCCUUGCCAUAAUUUUCUUGUGUCUUGCUCUUGCGACGUCGUCUCAUUUCUAUACGAAAACUGCCACAUCCAAUGUAUUUACCGAGUUAGUUCUUCUGGUCGUUUCUCUGUGGAGUGCUGUUUCGCUAUACAAGUACGGCCCCUUGCCGUCGUGCCUCUGGCUCACGAUCGUUCUUUUCACCAUUCUUCUUGCAUUUUCUUACAAGACUAUUUCCAAUGCGGUUUUAGUCUAUAAAAUUCACGUCGAAUUACUCCUACUUCUCCUCAUCAUCAGCUUGUCUGUGCCAGUGGUAGCAAACCUCCUCUCUCCCAACCAGCUCAUGAACGCCAGCAUGGCAAAUCCCUUCGACAUCUUGAAUACAUAUGGGGCGUUCGGCACUGUCACAACGGAGCGGUGGGAGCUCAUUGUACAAGGAACCGACGAUCCAACACCCGACGAGAACAGCACCUGGAUAAACUACGAAUUCAAAUGCAAGCCUGGUGAUGUCAACCGCCGCCCGUGCCUCAUCUCGCCUUACCACUAUCGCCUAGAUUGGCUGAUGUGGUUUGUGCCCAUGGACAUUCCUGAGAUAGUUGGCGUCCGGCAUCCAUGGUUCCCACGUUUUCUCGGCAAGCUGCUUCAAAAUUCGCCAAGUGUUACUGGGCUUUUAGCGGACAACCCAUUCAAAAAUAAAGAUCCUCCUACAGCUGUCCGAGUGCUUAAGACGCUGUACCGGUUCACCAAGAGGCCCUUUUGGGGUUCUGGCCCGUGGUGGGAAAUUGUGCCGAACACGACAAGUGUGUUCGUUGCUCCGGGCGAUGUCCCUGACGCCGAUCAGCAUUUGGAACAAAUGAUUGUGUUAAAAAGGGUACAAGAGCAGAAGGCCCAAGAAGAGCUACUUAGGAAGGAGCUCAAAGAGGAGCAGAGGAAGGCUCGGGAGAGAGCCGAGGCAGAGAAGAUGGUGGCAGAAGAAGAACGAAAGAAAUUACUGGAGCAGCGAACUCAGGAAGAGUUGGAGACGAAGAGGCGUAUCCAAGAAGAGAAGGAGCUGCGUGAGAAGCAGGCAGAAGAAAUGAGGAAACAAGAGGAAGAACAGCGGAAAAAACAGGAGGCGGAAGAGAAGGCGAGGGCAGCAGCUGAAGAGGCGCGGAAGAGGAAGGAGGUAGAAAUUGCCCGUGCCCAAGAAGAACAGGAAGCGGAGCGACAACGCGAGGCUGCAGAAGAAGAGAAGAGAAAAAAAGAGGCUCAGAGGACGGCUGAGGAAGAAGCAGCGAAGCUGCGUAAAGAGGAGGCACGUAAACGUGACGAAGAAGCUGCUAAGCUUGCGGAACAGAGAGAGUCCCUGCGACGUAAAGAACAAAAGGAGAAACAAGCAAUGCUUGCAAAGAAGAGAGCAGAAGCUGCUGAAAAAGAACAAGAGAGGAAUUCACAACUCUCUGACCAGAGCAGAGCUUCUGCAGAUGGAGGCGUCCCUCUCCGAGCGGCCGCCCUGUUCAACCGCAAGAAAGCAGCAAUUUUCAGACUGAAUCAGUAAGAAGAAACGAAAGGGAGUAGCGGCCUGGAAGGGACAAAUGGCGUUCCCCGAUUUCUUUUGAAUACACGUUUCGGUGCUAGAUGGCCACAAGCGCCACCUAGGAAACCGAAACAAUUGGUUAGUGCCACUUCGCUGCAUGUGGCAGCAGAAUUUGCACUUGUUUCGUGAGAAGCAUAUACAGAACCUUUGUAGAGUCUUAUGCUUUCGUGGGAUGGUGUUGGCAGGCAGCAGUAAUGUUACCCUCAACAAAGGAAAUAGCACCUUUCAAACGUCUCAUUUGGGAAAUGCAGGAGAUGAGCCUGAAGUGCAGAGGAUAACACACGCACCAGGCAGAUAUUGUCAAACGAUGGGAAAUGUGUUUUACGGUUGAAGUUUUGGGCAUUUUGGGAGCCGCCUUCGUCGGGGAAGCUCGGUACAGCUGCACUUGUGACCAAAGUCUAAUGUGAUGCAGACCGGAAACGUUUUGUUCUGACUGAGAACCACCGUCUGCCGUGUGCGACAGCUGAUCUGCAGGUUCAACCGGCAAGACGUAGAACGCAGCUGCAUACCGGUCACCGGCUUGAAGAAAUGUCUGCUGCCGAGCAAAGCGCAUAUUUCAGUCACUCACCCGUCGAUUCCUCGUCCCCAGAAUCCUUGAGAGCCGAAUUGUUUAAUACAGCAUCUGCAGCUGGCAACUAGUUCUCUCGCUUGCGUAACCGGAUCGCUCUGAGGCGUUAUUCCGCACAGGCGAAUGCGUUCUCACACAUGAAAGGGAUGUAUGUCGAACUGGAACAAUCCAAGAGUCAGGAUGCUUUUCCUUGAAGCUUUGUACACACACAGUAAACGUUAGAUCACGGCUGUUGUAUGCUUGUCUCGAUGGCUACGCCUGAACUCAUGCUUGACACCAACAUUGCGUGCCUUUCCCGGCUGUGUUUUCCUGAAUAUCAAGUGACACUAGGUAUAAUAGUGAAGGAAACACGUUUGAUCUGAAUGAUUUCACUGAUAGUCUAGCAAUGCC